AUGGUCCAAUUGGCCAGGAUAUGUUCUGGUCAACGGCUUACAACCCUUUUACAAAGGCGCAUGCUGAGUACAGCUCCGGCACUAUCAAAGCUUGAAGACGAGCUGGUACAGCGCCGGCUACCUCUGAUAUACGACUACCUCUCGCCGCAGCCAUCGCAUCUCUUAAGCGUGUCCCUCGAUAGUCUUCAUGCCCCGGCUCCGUGCUCAUCCGCUUCUACGGAGACUCAAUGGCGUCUCCCAUCCAUCGCCAGGCCAGCUCCCAUGCCUCGCGGCCACCAUCUAAUAUAUUUCCCACCCCAGGUUCCGUCGUCUGAACUACUUCCAGAUGGCUGCGAUGAACUACACUCCCCUGGCCAACCAUAUAAUCGCCGGAUGUGGGCUGGCGGGUCGGUGCGGUUUUUCGGUGACGGCGGCCCGCUGCUUAAUGGACAGCGAGCCGUCUGUGUUGAAGGAAUACGUGAGGUGAAUAUAAAAGGCAAGGAAGGCGAAGAGAAGAUCUUUGUAGGAAUCGAAAGGCGGGUGGCUACUGUGGAUGAACAUGAAAGUGAUGAUGCUGUCAGGAGUAGAGUCUGGACCCAGUCAGAGGAGGAACAAGGGGUCAGUAUGGUGAUUGAAAGGCGUAACCUUGUCUUUAUGAGAGACAGAACAUCAGACGAGAUUGAAGCCGCGAAGUCUGCUGCUGAUAUACCUCCACGGAGGAUAAUGAAAAUUUCUACUACACCAGAAUUCUCCCAGAUCAUCAUACCUUCAAAGGCACUCUUGUUCAGAUACUCCGCCCUUACAUUCAACGCCCAUUCCAUCCAUAUUGACCGAGACUAUGCACGUAACGUUGAAGGAUACAACGACCUUCUUGUCCAUGGACCGCUGACGCUCACAAUCAUGCUUAGCACAUUCCAAAAACACGCGGCUGCAUUAGGAGAGUCUAUAUCAAGUAUUGAGUACCGAAACUUGGCUCCACUUCUAGUCGAGCACCAGAUGAAGGUAUGUGCUGCGCGCAAGUCCAACGGAUCGACUGGCAGCUGGGAUAUUUGGGUAGAGGGCAAGGAUGGAGGACUGGCAGCUAAAGGAACCAUCAAGACGGUCCCAGUCGAACACGACAGCGGCCUUAUAUCCUAA